CUGCGCGCCGGGGAUCAGUGAGCUGCGGGCGGGAGGGGCGCAGCUGUCGGAGCGAAGGACCCCGCUGGGGAUGGGGGGCCGGGAGACCAGCCUGUGUUUGUUCCUCCUCCUGCCCCUGGGGGCCCUCGCCGGCAAGGGACGGGACCCCCCAACUCAUUCCCUGCGGUAUUUCCACACUGCAGUCUCUGAUCCUGAACCUGGACUCCCAGCGUAUGUCUCUGUUGGGUAUCUCGAUGACAACCUCUUUGUUGAGUGUGACAGUGACAGUGGGCGGUACAAACCACGAGCCCAGUGGAUAAAGGACAAUGUGGGUGCUGAUUACUGGGAGAGGGGUACCAAACGUGGAAUCGCACAAGUGCAGGCGUUCGGAAUCGGCAUGAGAAUUUUAAUGGAGCGCUACAAUCAGACUGGGGGGUUUCACACUCUGCAGCGCAGGAGCGGCUGUGAGAUUCGGGAGGAUGGCAGCAUCGGGGGGUCCCGGCAACUUGCAUAUGAUGGGGACGACUUCAUCAGCUUCGAUAUGAACACUUACACGUGGGUAGCUGCGGUCAAGGAAGCUGAGAUCACCCAGCGCAGAUGGAAUGAGGAUACAGCUGAUCUUCAGUAUCGGAAGCAGUACACAGAGAAGGGGUGUAUUGAGUGGCUAAGAAAAUACCAGCAGUAUGGGAAGGAGGCUCUUCAAGGGAGAGAACCCGCAGCCGUUGAGGUGUUGGGCAAGGCAACCCCUGAUGGGCUCACCAGGCUCUCCUGCAGGGUCUAUGGUUUCUACCCCCGGGACAUCGCUGUGACCUGGAUGAAAAACGGGGAGAUGAGAGAGCAAGAGACUCAGCGAGGGGACAUCCUACCCAGUGGGGAUGGGACCUACCAGAUUCAGGCAACCUUGGAGAUAGAUCCCAAGGAGGGAGGCCGCUACUCCUGCCUUGUGGAUCACAACAGCCUGACGAAGCCUCUCAAUGUCUUCUGGGAGCCGAAGUCCAAUGUGAUCCCCAUUGUGGCUGGAGUGAUCGGUGCCGUGGUGGCUGCCGUGGUGGCUGCAAUAGUCGGAAUCAUCACCUGGAGGAAGAUUGGCUCAGGGAAAGAGAGAGCUGGCUACUCACCUCCAGGAAGUUACCACCGAUCCAACUCCUCCACAGAAAAUAAGUUGGUCGGUGAAGGAACUUCUGUCCCAGCGUAAGGGAGCGGGUCAGUCUGUGCCGUCGGCUGCAGGGAUCCCAGGGAGAAGAAACCAGCACAGACUGAUCCGAUCAGCACCUUCCUGUCUCCGUUUGAUUCCCGCAGUGUCCCGUGGAGGUGUUCCAGCUCCUCUCUGCCCACUUAGCAGCUGCGUGCUUUGUAAAUGUAUUGUUAGAAAAAAUUAAUGACGUGAUUGCACAAUGUAUUCUCAACAUGAAGAAUAACAAGAAGCGUAUAAAUUAUGAUUCUUCUUACAGGGUUUCUUCUCUGAACACUGCUGUUUCUAGCUCCUGGUGCCCCUGUACAAUGCAAUAGCUGAUUUUGGGUGUGGUGACACUUAAGUUUUUGUUGUUAUUAUUAAUGCUUAUAAUACAGUAACUCAGUGUCGUGCUCGGAGCUGGUAGCACUGUCCCCAGCAGCAGCCUGGGGAAAGCUCCAUGGGGCAGGAGUAACUUCCUGAAUCUUUGUUGUUGUCUGUAUUGUUACAACAUACUUGCAGACAGGUAUUUUGAAAUACAUUUUUAAAAAGUAAUUGAC